AUGACGACGCAUCGAACCCUCAUAUGGGCCGGCCUGAGCCUUGCCGCCCUCGCCGGGUCGGCAAUGGCAAAGCCGUCCAUCCCCAUGGACUACUGCGCCAACAGCAAUACCGCUGAGACCGACGCUAGCCGGAGCAACUACCAGAGCGACGGUCUCUGCUUCAAUCACUGUCACGGCCUUAACUUCGCCCUCGCCAUCGUGCAGGGUAAGAACUGCUGGUGUUCGAACCUCGUGCCCAAUAAGGACAACCAGAGGCCGCUGUCCGACUGUCAGAACCCGUGCCCGGGCUAUCCAUCAGACUUCUGUGGUGGAGAUGAUACCUACGGCUACAUGUUGGUCGAUGAUGCCUCCCCGACCGGCACUGCUCCUCCGGCUGUCGAGACCUCGUCACACUCCUCUAUCACAUCGACAAACCUGGUCAGCUCCAGCACCAGCAUCCCGUUGUCGAGCUCGACCUCCUCUGACCUUGAUAUUUAUUCCUCUUCCUCCUCCUCCUCCUCCUCCUCCUCCUUCUUCUUCUCCUCCACUUCCUCUGGUGGCGCCACCACAGCCACUACUUCUAACGUCCAAACUGUCACUGUCGGCGGUACCGUCCUGACCGUGACGGCUACCCCUACGUCUUCCGGAGUCGGCAGUCAACCCAUCAUCUCAUCGGGAAGCAAGGGUCUCAGCGGCGGCGCCAUCGCCGGCAUCGUUGUUGGUGUUGUUGGUGGGGUGUGUUUGCUGCUUGCCAUGGGCUGGCUGCUCUUUGCCAAGCGGAGACGCAAUCGCCUCUCAAGCGACGAGAAGUUCGGCUUCGGUACCUCUACUGGCGGCACCGGCGCCGGUUCUCCUGGUCGGCUUGCCACCCCCCACACAGGCGACUUUUCGGGCGCCUCAUCAGCGCACGGCUGGACCGACUCGCACCGUCGCAGCCGCAUGAUGGCUGUCGACCCACGUCUGGACCCAUUUGCCAAGGGUAUCUACAUGGGUGACCCGAACGGCUCUCGCGAGAGCUUUGGCUCCUUGCAGGAUAAUCACGACUACUCGCGGCGUGUGGCUCAGCCUCCGCGCGUCUUGCGUGCCACGAACCCCGACCCGAUCGAGGAUGAUGACGAUUAA